GGGGUUUCCACACACACUGUGACCUGCUGCUGCCUCGGUGACUGGGAAUGUGAAACGCGUGAUUUACUAUGACGACUGAAUCAGGCGCAGACUCGGAGGCCAAGCAGCCGCAGGAGAACAAGGAGACGCAGAAGGGGAACGCUAAAGCGGCCGAACCCGCCUCGCCUCAGAACCCGCCGGAGCAGCUUCCUGCCGCCGCCGGACACAGCACCCCGGCCAGAAAAGAACAGGAGCAGCAGGAGGAGGACCAGGUAUCCCACAGGUCAUCCACCAGCCGUCUGUCCAGGUCUCCCUUGCGAGGAGUGAAGAAGGUGAAGAUCAUGCAGUGCAAAGUCACCCUGCUGGACGGCUCCGACUACACAGUCAAUGUGGAGAAACGAGCCAGGGGCCAAGUGCUCUUUGACAAAGUAUGUGAACACCUCAACCUACUGGAGAGGGACUACUUUGGCAUCACACACAGAGAUGUAGAGAAUCAGAAGAAUUGGCUAGACCCUUCCAAGGAGCUGAAGAAGCAGAUCAGGACUGGUCCCUGGAACUUUGCUUUCAACGUAAAGUUUUACCCUCCGGACCCCUCCCAGCUGACUGAGGACAUCACAAGGUACUACUUGUGUCUGCAGCUGAGAGAUGACGUGGUUUCAGGCCGACUGCCGUGCUCCUUUGCCACCCACACCGUGCUGGGCUCCUACACAGCGCAGUCUGAACUGGGAGACUACGAUCCCGAUGAAUUAGGCAGCGACUACAUCAGCGAACUGCGCUUCGCACCCAACCAGACCAAAGAGCUAGAAGAGAAGGUCAUGGAGCUCCACAAGACCUACAAGGGGAUGACGCCAGCCGAAGCAGAGAUUCACUUCCUGGAAAAUGCCAAGAAGCUGUCCAUGUACGGCGUGGACCUCCACCACGCAAAGUUGGUAGGGAGUCUCUAUGAAUGCUUGGCUCCAGCUGAGGGAGAGGACUCUGAGGGCGUGGAGAUCAUGUUGGGAGUUUGUGCGAGCGGUCUGCUCAUCUACAGAGACAGGUUGCGAAUCAACAGGUUCGCUUGGCCCAAAAUCCUCAAGAUCUCCUACAAGAGGAACAACUUCUACAUCAAAAUCCGGCCUGGCGAGGUGAGAACGUUUGAACAGUUUGAAAGCACAAUUGGUUUCAAGCUUCCGAAUCACCGCGCUGCCAAAAGGCUCUGGAAGGUCUGCGUCGAGCACCACACCUUCUUCAGGCUCGUAUCCCCCGAGGCACCCCCGAAGAAGUUCCUGAGCCUCGGCUCCAAGUUUCGCUACAGCGGCAGAACGCAGGCUCAGACCCGCAGGGCCAGCUCCCAGAUCAUCAGACCCGCUCCGUUCUUCGAGCGCUCCUCCAGCAAACGCUACAACAUGUCCCGCAGCUUAGAUGGAGCACCCAUUAUGGAGAACCACGAGACUCUCAUGAAAGACAGCGCCGCUGACGGAGGAGCCAAAGUCAUUGCCAAGGGAGACAUUAUCACCACGGUAACAACAGAGAAGAAAGCAGAGGAAGAGAAGGCGGAGCAGGAGGACGCUCAGAUGGAUGCUGCAGCGACGCCAGAACCCGCCGUCUCAACACCGCUCAGACAAGACGCAAAGUGCUCCCCUCGUGUAUACACGACCGACCCCCUCCGCUCUGAGCUCUCCCUCCCCUCAUCUCCUGUUUCAUCGACCAAAGUACGGCGGCGGCGCAGGGAGAACGCGCGUAAACGGGCCUCGUCGGUCAGUCCGGCCAAGAGCAGCGCUGGGUGCCGGCGGCGGCAAGCCCUCGCCGACCGCAAAGCCGCGCUUCUGGACGAGCAGGCGCUGCUGCUCUCGGCCCGCAAGCAGAGGCUGGAGCAGGGCAGGAGCCGCGGCGGCACGCUCUUCUCCUUCUCCCUGCACCUGCCCGACCUGUCCUCCUUCCUGGACGAGGACGGCUACAUCACCUUCCCCGAUCUGUCCGAGAUGCGCUUCCUCCCUGAGUGCGCGCAGAACUUCCUGCCCAUUAAGUCACCGUCACUCAUUCCCUGCUUCCUCUUCAUCUUCUUCUUCCUGCUCUCCACCUCCUUCUCCGUCCCCUACGCCCUCACCCUCUCCUUCCCCCUGGCGCUGUGCCUCUGCUACCUGGAGCCCAAGGCAGCCUCCCUGACCGCCUCCAUAGCCCAGGGCUACCAUGACCAUGACAGUUCAGAGGAAGAGGAGACUGACAGCGAACAAACUGACUUUGCCUUUGAUGGAGAGAUGACCGCCACAGAGUCGGAAGCAGAUGAGGACUCUGAGAUGCGGACUCAGUAUAGUUUCAUAAGACGAGUAAAAGGGGAAAACGUUUUUAUCAAGCAUAGUAAUCUGAUGCUAGAGGACACCUCGCCCCCGGCAGAGAUGGUCAAGCACCAGACCAACAUCAGCGAACUGAAGCGCUCCUUCCUGGAGACGGGCGGCAGCACGCCUGGCCUGACCGAAUGGGAGAAGAGGCUCUCCUCGUCCCCUGCGCGCUCGCCCAGAGUGGAUGAGGCGCCGAUGAUAGAGCCGCUGGAGCCGCAGGAUACCGAACAUGAGCAGCCUGCAGGAGAGAAGACAAAAGAGGAGCCGAAAGCCCCUGAGGCGGCGGGAUAUCUGGUGAAAUACGUGGUGGAUAGUAUUGGAACAGAUUUGGCCACCUCCUCAGGGCCACACGGGAUUAGUCUGUCAACCACUAUGGACGACGAUGUCUUCAUGGACGGGACCCUCAGGGAGGUGGAAGAGAAAACCCCCGACUCCCAGGAGGAUGUGUCAGAGCGGUCAGUGGUGAAGGUCAGUCCCGGGGCUGUCAGACAGGAAGUGUCUCAGGCCAUCAGUGACAAGAAAGGGACACUCAUUAUCUUGAAGGAGGCGGAGGAGAAAGAAGAGGGAAAAGAGAGGAGUGAAGAGGAGGAGCCUGCAAUCCCUGGUGAGGCCGCAGCUGAGGAGAAUGAAAUGUCUCCCCCUAAAGAGGAAGAAACCAUCACAGAAGUCCUGUCUGUUGUUGUAGCGGCCAAGACGCCGAGUCCGAAGGUGGAGAUAAAAACUGAUGACGUGACUCAGAUUAAAGGUGUUGACUCGCCUAAAAAGGCCAUGGCAUCGUGGAUUUCUGAGGGGGUGAAGGCCGAGGCUUCAGAGGUCGUCGGCGUGCCGACGAAUGAAGCGAAAGAGAUGAAGACUUCUGACGUUUCGCAGCAGAAAGCAGGAAUCUUCACCUUCGAAGAGGAGCAGUCAAAGUCCAGCCUGACUCAGAUCACAGUUUCUGAAUCUUCAACUACAACCUUAGCAAUGUCUACGCUGGGAUGGGUUUCCUCCUCUCAAAAGACAUCAGCCGAGCCAGAGGAGAAAGCUGUGGUUGUCAAGGAGACAGAGGCAGCGCCAGCCGAGUCGACGGGACCAACGAGUCUUGAUGCAGUCGAGGUGGGUACCAAAGAGACGCCUGUGAUCCACACAGAGACAAAAACUAUCACCUACGAGUCUGCAGAGGUUGACGCUAACGGCGACGUAGACCCCGGGGUGUUGCUGAGUGCUCAGACCAUCACCUCGGAAACCACCAGCACCACGACAACCACACACAUCACAAAGACGGUGAAGGGAGGAAUAUCAGAGACGAGAAUCGAGAAACGGAUCGUCAUCACGGGAGAUGCAGACAUCGAUCACGAUCAGGCUCUGGCUCAGGCCAUAAAGGAGGCCAAAGAGCAGCAUCCUGACAUGUCAGUGACCAAAGUAGUGGUACAUAAAGAGACAGAGAUCACGCCAGAGGAGGGGGAGGACUGACCCAGGAGUAACACUGAGGGCUGUUUUCUGUUCAACCUCCCAGAAUCCAACAUCCUGACCUCCACAUAUUACUCCGGGACUCUCAGAAGACUAGAAAGGCUCCAACUCUCCGAACGCCGCAGCUCGCUGCUAGUCGCAACCAUCACCUGCAAAACAAAUAAAUGCAUUUUUUGCAUGAGAAGGACGCAAUGUUGCAUUAUCAAACAAACGGCAAGAUUAUACUGAAAACUGUACGAUUUUAAAAACGGUUCUCGAUCCCAUCUGCACGCCGAAUCCCUGUGUGCGGCAAGCAAACCUGUUGCUUUCACUGCCUUAUGACUUUGAUGCAUUUUUAUGAUUACUGAGAAUAAUUAUUGUAGCAACGUUUUAUUUAUGAAAGAAAGCCAUCACUCCAGAAACUUAAAUCGCUGUAGGCUGUAUAUGAUAAGGAGCAUACACUAUUUAACCUUGCUGUAGAAGUGCCAACCUCAUUUGCCAGCAAGCAUCGCCUCACCCACUCCAACAGCCCGCUGACCUUCAGUCAGGUAUGCCACUACAGAAAUCUUUACAGCCCAGUACUGUACAUAUCGGAGCUUUCCUAGGAGAAUAGCAAAUUAUCUUUCACGGUUGAUUUUCGUCGCGUCUACUUGAAUUGCAUUUUCCUUUUUACGAUCAUUUCAAUAUUUUAUUGUUUCUCAUCGAUUGAUUCCACCGCUUCAACACUUUCGAGACGUCUGUUUUAGCGAAAUUUGCCAAGGAAUCAAGAUUUCUGUGCAAGAGCUAGAUUUUUUUUUAUGUGCCUGCGCAGGCUUUGAAUGUUUCCCAGGGUCGAUGAUGGGCUGCAGCACACGUCCCAGGUUUGUGUGACUGUGAGGCAAAGCGCCCAGACUGCCGAGCUCUGCCCAAAUUAGAUGCAAAGCCAAGAGAGAUCUGUCAAACCCCCCGCCCGAACAUGUCAACUGUAUGCCGCCCUCAUCUGUUCAGCUGUAUCAGAGUAACCGAUUCUUGUUCGUGUCCAGCCAUGUUUUCCUCAAAACGAUGAAAUAAAAGUGGCAAAUGCAUUUGUUUUAAUUUGCUGUUUUCUUCUCAAGUAAUAAAAUGUUGACCACAGUA